AUGGCAGUGCUUGCGAUGUCACUUCACCUACACUACUGGGUACGUACUGUGAUCGAUCAUAGUUUAGCUCAACCACGAUGGCAAUGCCGUGAUUUUCUCUUUGUUCUAGCCUUUCCAAUGGCUUCUUUCGGGCCAAUCCCUCCCAAGGGACCCCGGAAGCUCGCCUACUCGCAUCUCGUCCAAAAGGCCCCCCAGAAAUGCCACUUUGAGAGCUACAAUGGCAGUGAUCACGAUGCCAUGCAAAAACGAAGGCUUGCGAGCCGUGUUUUUGGAUUCACGAGACACCACAAGCCUUACACCAAUCUCAGCUUGACGCAGCCUCCACGCGACUGCGCCGCGUAUGCCUCAGACGAGGAGCGUCACAACACCGACGCCGCUGGCCACUUGAAAGAGCAGCAGCGCUUGAACAGAAUCAAAGAAGCCGCAAUCGUGGACAGACUUGGGGCGGAGCGAGAGUAUCAGCGGCAGAAAGUACGCAACAAGUGUGAAGAAGACUGGCAGAAAGACCAGGAUCGCGUCGAGUUCUUCAAAGAGCAGCCUCACGCAAGAGUUCGUGCCAACAAAGGUGGAUCCGCCUACGAUAUCUUCACGCUCGAGUACCACAACAGCUUUGGAGGGGAGCAACUAAGAUACGAGGACGACUGCCAGAAGUGGAGGGCGAACUUGCGAAGCCAGUACCUCGGCCGCCGAGCCUCCGGCGCCAAGAACUACAACAUUCUAAACUGGCAGAAGCUGGAACCAUUCGGAGAAGUUCCACUCAAGCCCCGAGCUCCAGAGCCGCCAGCUCCAGCGUCGUCGAGACGAAGGCCCUCGCCAUUGCCACCGGAGAGCCGGAGGCACGAGUUGAGCAAGGAAGAAACUCCGGCGGCUUGCACCGAGGCUGGAUAUGAUAAGCUCGAGUACAGUGACGAUCGUCCACCGGAGGAGCCGCCAGUUACAGUGAGAGACGUCUUGGUUCGCGAGACGCUACCGUGGGAUCAUCUCGUCGUGGAGGCACGAUAAGAGAAAGCCUUCUUCUGGGUUAUUUAGUUUAAUUUUGUUUAAUUAAGUUUAAUUAGUGUUAAACUUACUUCAAGCAGUUUCAUUUACUUGGAAAUAGUUUAAUUAGUUUAAGUUAAUAUAUUUACUUUU